AAUAACUUUUUUGUUAUCUUACGACAACUUCCUGUCAAAGCAACUGAGGAAAGCUGUAAAUUAUAAUCAUAUUGACCAUAAAAAUAGUUCAUUAUUUCACCCUUCAAGCCAUUCAAAAACCUCUUGUGCUUAACUGCUUGUGCACAAGUAUAUAUUAUGUUGAAAAGUAAGCUGCAUAUUCUAUUCAUAUUUCACCCCACUUCUCCUCCUUUACUUUCUGGGUUCUUGAUCCUCCAAAGGAAGCUACUAUUUCAGAUCUUGAAGUGGGGUUUGCAGGUGGAAAAGAAUUAGAUUGUGUUAAAUAAAAUCAAGAUUUUCAAUAGGAAGAAGCAAAGGUUGUUUGAGGGAUCAUGUUCUCUUUCCAGAAAUGGAGGUGUUCAUGGUCCCUUAUGGUAUCAGUUGCUUCAAUUGUGACAUUGGUUUCAGUUGUUCAUUUAUUCAUAUACCCGGUUGCGCCUUCCUUGGACUACUUUAGGCCAUUUCAGAACUCUUGUGUACCUAUAAAUAGAUCCAAUGAAGCAGAAAAGAUUAUCCUGAAAGAUAAUAAGUCAAUUGAAGAUAGAAAGAAUAAUGCAACAGACAGUAUAUCAACCGAAGGAAGUCAAAGCAAUCCUGAUACGAGAAGCCCCAUCUCAACGGUUGAUCUUAAUGUCAAUUUUCCUUCCGAUUUACACAAUUCUGUGGUAUAUCGAGGUGCUCCAUGGAAGGCGGAGGUUGGCCGAUGGUUAGCUGGUUGCGAUUCAAAUACUUCCGCAGUUAAAGUCAUUGAGCCAAUCAGUGGCAAGAGCUGCAGGAAUGAUUGCAGUGGUCAAGGCAUCUGCAAUCGCGAAUUGGGUCAAUGCCGCUGCUUUCAUGGUUUCACUGGUGAAGAUUGUGCAGAGAGGCAGGAGUUGAGCUGCAACUACCCUGGACCAAAGGAGGCACAGUUUGGGCGUUGGGUUGUCUCAAUUUGUGCUGCUUAUUGCGACACAACAAGAGCAAUGUGCUUUUGUGGGGAAGGCACAAAAUACCCAAAUCGUCCACUUGCUGAGGCAUGUGGCUUUACAAUCAAUCCUCCAUCUGAACCUGGUGGUUCUCCUAUGACUGACUGGACAAAAGCUGAUCUCGAUGUCUUCACUACCAAUGGUAGCAAACGAGGGUGGUGUAAUGUGGAUCCUGCAGAAGCAUAUGCUUCCAAAGUGCUUUUCAAAGAGGAGUGUGAUUGCAAGUAUGAUGGUCUGUGGGGUCGAUUCUGUGAGGUGUCUGUUCUAAGCACUUGUAUAAAUCAAUGCUCAGGCCAUGGGUUGUGUCGAGGUGGAUUUUGUCAGUGUAGCAGUGGUUGGUUCGGAGCAGAUUGCAGUGUACCCUCCGUCGUAUCAUCCAUUACAGAGUGGCCUCACUGGCUACGACCAGCUCAGGUCAACGUUCCUGAGAAUUUGAUGAGCGGAGUAAAUCUUGUCAAUCUGGAUGCUAUCGCGGAGAAGAGAAGGCCCCUCAUAUAUGUUUAUGACUUGCCUCCAGACUUCAAUAGUCUUCUUUUAGAGGGACGGCACUUUAAACUGGAAUGUGUGAACAGAAUGUAUGAUCACAGAAAUGCUACAAUUUGGACUGACCAGCUGUAUGGCGCACAGAUGGCACUCUAUGAGAGCUUGUUAGCUAGCCCUCAUCGGACAUUGAAUGGAGAGGAAGCAGAUUUUUUCUUUGUUCCAGUUCUUGAUUCAUGUAUUAUAACUCGUGCUGAUGAUGCUCCACAUUUGAACAUGCAGGAACACAAAGGGCUGAGAAGUUCUCUGACGCUGGAAUUCUAUAAAAAGGCUUAUGAUCAUAUAAUCACACAGUAUCCGUAUUGGAACCGCUCAUCUGGAAAGGAUCACAUCUGGUUCUUCUCAUGGGAUGAAGGUGCUUGCUAUGCUCCGAAAGAGAUAUGGAACAGCAUGAUGUUGGUCCAUUGGGGUAAUACAAACUCGAAGCAUAACCAUUCAACAACAGCGUAUUGGGCUGAUAAUUGGGAUUCAGUUUCCUCGGACAGAAGAGGAAACCACCCUUGCUUUGACCCAAAUAAAGAUCUCGUACUUCCAGCUUGGAAACGACCUGAUGAAGGUUCCUUAGAGGCUAAACUAUGGUCCAGACCUCGUGAGAAGCGGAAGACAUUCUUCUAUUUUAAUGGAAAUCUUGGACCAGCUUAUAAAAAUGGAAGACCAGAAGCUACGUAUAGUAUGGGCAUAAGGCAAAAAGUGGCCGAAGAAUUUGGAUCAACCCUUAACAAGGAAGGUAAGCUUGGCAAGCAGCACGCAGAGGAUGUGAUAGUGACACCACUACGUGCUGGGAACUACCACGAGGAAUUGGCAAGUUCUGUCUUUUGCGGGGUUAUGCCUGGGGAUGGUUGGAGUGGUAGAAUGGAAGAUAGUAUUUUGCAAGGGUGCAUUCCAGUGGUGAUUCAGGACGGGAUAUACCUGCCAUAUGAGAAUUUUCUCAACUACGAAAGUUUUGCCGUUAGGAUACGUGAAGAUGAAAUACCCAAUCUAUUAAACAUUCUCCGGAGCUUUAACGAGACAGAAAUAGAAUUUAAAUUGGCGAAUGUGAAGAGAAUCUGGCAAAGAUUCUUGUAUCGGGAUUCAGUUGUGCUUGAAGCUGAGAGACAGAAAGCUUUACGUGGUAGUGUUGAGGACUGGGGUCUAAAGUUUUCGCAGCUAGAGGAAGAUGAUGUGUUUGCCACAUUCAUACAGGUGUUGCACUACAAGUUGCAUAAUGAUCCUUGGAGACGACAACUUCUUCUGCAGAAAAAGGAAUUCGGAUUACCUAAAGAAUGCUUGAUUCAAACAGAGGGAUAAACUACUUUAUACUUAAAGACCUGAAACAGGAUACAGCACAAGGAGGCAUUAAAAGCAUUAGAAACUGUGCUCUCUGGCAGUAUAUACCAAUUUUUUAGUCAAAUACAUUCUGUGCAGUGACAGCUUAAGGCAAAGCAUGUCUUGUGUUAUUCUUAUUUAGGCCAUUUUUUAUACAUGUAAAUGAAUUAGCUUCUCUUAGGAGCUAUUUUUUGUACAAGAUGAAAAUUAGCCACUUAAUUAGGGAACAAUUCUUACCCUUUGUUUCAUGUUUAUAGAGAACAACUCAUAUUAUUGAUUCCCAAAGGAGAAAAUAUUCAGUGAAGAAGAUGAAAGUUCUAUAUCCAAUAAAUUUCAGAUGCUGUUUUGUAUAAA